UGACACAACAUAUCAACAUAAUUUUGAUUAGUUUUGUUGAGGUGGAUGAAAACUGACUGAAAUCCUCCUUCUAUUGUGCAUUUAAUCAAUAUUCCAAUAAGUUUUUUGGUUUUCAAUUCAAGUCAAAGUACGUUUCCAUUCGUGUUGCACACAACAAAUACUAGAUUUGUUGAGAAAAUUCACAAAACAGAAAUCAUGUCACUAACACGACCACGAACUAGCAUCUUGGACAAGCCAUUGAGCCGAGGCAAAGGUGAAGUUUCAUUGAGCAGUUUUGCACUGUUGUUUUCCGAACUCGUGCAAUACUGUCAAAGUCGAGUGUUGACUGUUCCAGAAAUGCAGAACAGGCUUCAUGACUUGGGUAGAGAUGUCGGAACCCGUGUGAUUGAUCUGUAUUUUGUUCGAGAACGGAAUUCCAAACGUGAAACGAAACUAAUCAACAUGUUGCUGUUCAUUAAAACAACUCUGUGGAAAAGUCUCUUUGGCAAAGAAGCUGAAAAACUGGAGCAUGCAAAUGACGAUGAUCGAACGUAUUAUAUCAUUGAAAAAGAUCCACUGGUGAAUAAAUUCAUCAGUGUACCGAAAGAUAAGGGCUCAUUAAACUGUGCAACAUUCUCAGCUGGGAUAAUCGAAGCGGUACUCAGUAAUUGUGGAUUUCCUUGCAAAGUGACAGCACAUUGGCAUAAGGGAACGACCUAUAUGGUAAAAUUUGAAGACCAUGUCAUUUCCAGAGAUCGUCAACUGGAGGAGAAAUAAUAAAACUAAAUACUAAAUCAUGAAAUAAACAUUAAUUUAAGCUAAA